CGGUAGAUAAUGCAAGUUUGAACGCCACGGCUAUUGAGUACUUGAAACGGAAAACAAUGGAUUGGAAAAGGACUGUCUUGGAGCAUGAGUAUAUACAUAUGCGAUGUUGUGCACAUAUUUUGAAUCUUAUUGUUGUUGAGGGGUUGAAAGAUACUAGUGAGUCUAUUCUCCAUGUUCGUGAUGUUGUGAGGUAUGUAAGAUCUUCUCCACAAAGAAUGGAGACAUUUAAUAAGUGUGUGGAGAAGGAGAAAAUUAAGUCGAAACAAACUGUGUCUUGAUGUGUGUACUUGGUGGAAUUCCACUUACUUAAUGUUAGAAGUAGCCAUCAAGUUUGAGAAGGCAUUCCAAAGAAUGGGGGAGGAAGAUAGUAGUUUCAUAAAAAAUUUUGGCAUAAAGGAAGGCGAUGAGGAUUUCUCAUUGGAGUUGGAGGGCCUAGGUGGGAGCCAUAUGAUUAGUGUCCCAACUCCAAGACAACCAACUAUCCCAAACAAGCUUGAUUGGAAGAAGUGUGGGUUGUUUGUUACAUUCUUAAAACUUUUUUAUGAUGCAACCAAGAAAUUUUCGGCUUCUCUAUUUGUCACAUCCAAUAUGUUCUUUCAUGAGUUGUAUGAGGUUCAAGUGAAGAUAGAUGAAUUAAUCGCCAACCGAGAUCCUUAUAUGUCUUCAAUGGCAAUUGAAAUGAAAAGAAAAUUUGAGAGGUAUUGGGGGGAUCAAGAGAAAUUCAAUCCCCUACUUUAUGUGGCAGUGGCAAUGGAUCCCCGGUUUAAGUUAAGGUUGGUGAAGUUUUGCUAUACAAAAUCCAAAGGGAAGGCGGAGGGUGAGAAAAUGGAGAAAAAAGUGAAGGAUGUUUUGAAUCGAUUGUAUGAUUCUUAUGCAAAAGAGGGUGAAGUUAGACAACAUGUGUCUAGUGCAAGUCCAAUGCCGAGAGUGGAGAAUGAGGAUUGUGAUUCUCGCUUGAAUUUAGCUAUGGAAUUUGACACUUACUUGGAGGAUGAGUAUUCUAGUGUUUGUUCCUCGGAGGUAGACAAGUACUUGGGGGAUUUGUGUGAACGUAGGGACAAUCCGGAUUUUGAUAUCUUGGUGUGGUGGAAGAACAAUUCCAACAAGUAUCCAAUCUUGUCUAAAAUAGCGCAUGAUGUAUUAGCUAUGCCCGUGUCUACCGUUGCUUCUGAGUCGGCUUUUAGUACGGGUGGUCGCGUACUUGAUCAAUUUCGGAGUUCACUCUCACCGUCAAUGGUCGAGACUCUUGUAUGCACCCAAAAUUGGCUUUUAAGCACGGUUCCAAUCUCUCUUCGACAGGCUAUGGAUAAAGUUGAAGAUCUUGAACAAGAACUCUUACAAACUGAUGAUGCUUCUUAGGGAUUGAUGGGGCUUUGGACCUUGGU